CUACGCUACAAUUGUGUAAGGAUUUCUCUCCAGCCGUCUUCAAGAUGAAAGUGGAUAUCGUACUACUCGUGUUUCUUACGGCAGCAAGAAUGACUUUAUCCCUUAGUACAGGACGUGUUUUUACGUUAAUUGACAAAUUUAAUCUUCGAUACGAACACCAGAAUCGAACAGUUGCUAAUGAAGUUAAUGAAACGGGAAGGAACUUGGUGAAUGAGCAGCAUAACCGAAGGGCGAGAUGUUUGGAUUUGUUUGACUGGCUGUUCGACUACUUGGAACCUGAAACGACAAGUUUUACAACUACAACAACGGGCAAUGCGGUUACCUCAACUGUUACCACAACAGCUGUUGGAAAUGGUGGGGGAAGCACCAUUUCAUCUGUCACAACAUCGCCCAGUGCUGCCACAACAACCACUACAAGCACAGAAAUGCCUUAGGCUAUCCUCAACGGUCCUCGCCAUGGCUUGCAAACUGGAAACAGUAGCAGUUUCUACAAGUAUAAAAGAUUUUAUUUUAGAAACGUCUCUGAUGUAUUUUAUUAAUCAUUCAGAUGUAUAAUAGCCAAUGUCAGUCACGCAUUACAGAACGAGUGCCCAGUUCGUGUGAUGGCUGAAAAUUUUUGAAACAAGUUCUGAUGGUAGAGACUCUGGUAGCAAGAAAUGCAAACGAAGUUAUUGUGGCGCCUGUGGUGGGAUGUGGCGAAGUCUGGCAAAUAUAUUGCAGUAAUAGAUUGUUAUUGUCAUUCAACACGAGGAGGUUUAAUUCCCGUCAACUUUAACGGGUCGUACGCUGUGAUAAUGUUAACAAAUAUCUGCAUAGUUUAAAUGUCAUGCAUUUGUUAUAAUUAUAGUUAUCUUUAUAUUUCAGUACACAUUCUUGUUUAACGAAA